AUGUACAGAUUCAUCCCUCUGAUCAAGAGAGUCAACUUUCGCCCUUGCUACAGUGUCUCGCGUAUAUGUCUUUAUCCUGUUGAACGAGUGCGUCUUCCAACUUGGAAACGUUUCAAUGCAAUCACAGCAUCCACCGAUGGAUCCACCAUCCCGGACGACGUGAAGAACCUCACCCUCGAGGAGUAUCACAAGAAUUCGUCGGAAACUCUAGACAUUAUCCUGGAUGACCUGGAUUCCUUCUUUGAGGAAAACAGGAUAAUGGACGCCGACGUGGACUCGGAUUCGGGCGUGAUGGAAAUCAACGUCAGUGAAGGGACGUAUAUCAUCAACAAGCAGCCGCCAACUAAACAGAUCUGGGUAAGCUCUCCCAUCAGCGGGCCUCGUAGGUUCGACCUACACAAUGGCCAAUGGAUCUGUUUGCGGGAUAACACAAAGUUAUGUGAGCUGCUCAAUGAAGAACUCAACCUCAUGUAUGGCAAAUUAAGCUGGUCUCAGAAGUUCUAA